UCUGUUCGAAUUUGUGCGAUCACCCGGUGGGCGUGUGCGACGUACCACGCGGCCAUAAGUACUCUGAGCGUUGCGCAGCGCACGCGUGUUUCUCCAAGUCUCGAACAUGUCAGACCUAGAAGAUGAACGUUUGAACGUUUGGACGAAGUUUAUUGGUUGAUUACGUUACUUACUCAUCUCUGGGCCUCAAGUUCCCGAUUCCAUAUGCAACCCGUUACCUUCCUUGAUACUUCUUAGUCGAUUCGUCUGCUCAUCCUCGCUCUCGACGCAUUGUCAAUGCCUUACUUCCCCUCACCCUCGGCGUGCUCAUCAGCACCUUCAAACCCCCGGCGCCGUUCCCUUUGGGCCCGCAUUCAGUUCCAGCCUGUAGCCUUACCUCAUAUCCUAUAUAGCCUGCGGGAUCCACUAUGGACUAUCUGCUCAAUUACGAGAUGGUUGAACAUGUCGAUGGGGAGAAGUAAUAGUAUGAGGCGGUUGGAGACAUUGGAGAGGAGGGUUGUCCAUGAUUCUCUUAACCAACUGAUCUUGCAAACGCUCGCCGUAGUAACCUCCGGCCUCCUGGUCGGUGUCUUGAUCGUCGAGCCGUGCAUAACGAGGGGCCAAAGCAAUACCAGUGAAUUUGUCUUUGUCCAUCACUUAUCAUGUGCAGCUGCCUCUACUUCCUUCUCGAACCUCGGGGGCGUAUACCGCGUCACCAAUAAAAGCCUCGUCUGCUGAGCCUACCGAGGUAAUCGAUGCGUCGGACGCAAACGAUCCGCUGGUCGAAAACAGCGAAAUCGAAUUCGAAAACGACUCCUCCUAUGACCAUCAAACCCCCGCGCUCCACAACA